AUGGGUCUAAGAAAGGAUUCUCGGAGGCAUAAUGAAGAAGUUGUUCUUUGCCAAGCUUGGAUCACUGUUGGUGGUGAUGGUUGCGUCGGAAAAGAUCAAAUGUCGGAUUUAUUGUGGAAUCGUGUUUCGGAGGAUUACAAUGCUCACAAACCAGCGGGUUGCAUAACUAGAACACCUUCUAGUUGUCAGGCUCGUUGGAAGAAAAUAAGUCGGACAUGUAUGAAGUGGCGCCAAGCUCUUAACAAGGUCGAACACUUUCAACGAAGAAGCGGCCAAAAUAUGGAGGACGAGCUCAUGAAUGUUAAAUCGAUGUACUACGACUCGGUUGGUCAAGAUUUUGUGUUUGAGCAUUGUUGGCAAUACUUGAAAAAUAUGAAAAAGUUCGGGAAAACGCCAACAAUGGAAAACACCAACUUUAGUGUUCCUACUCCUGUCGACUUGGAUGAAGAUGGAACAUCCACAAAUGAGGAGGAGCCGACUUCAUCAAGGAAUGCACAUCCUCAAGGACAGAAAGCUCAGAAGCUAGCUAAGAAAAAAGGUAAUAAGCAGGAUGUGGAUGGACUACGACUUCAAAUGCAGAAAUGUUAUGAACAAACAGAGCGUGAGUACCAACAAAGACAACAACAGUUCGAGGAAGGUCAAGUAAUUGAGCAACUUGUUGAGGAUGCUCGCACGAUGAUGGUGGAUCCAUCAAUUUUCACCCCAAGAAAGAGGAGUUAUUGGGAGAGGAAGCAAGAUAAGUAG